AUGAUUAUUGAGCAAUUAGCAAAUGUCUUAACCCAUGGCAUUUGGAUUGUGCCCGCAGUAAUAUGUGCCAAUAAGUUAUUCGAACGAUCUAAAACGUCGAGCCAAUAUUUAGUAUCAUGGGUUUAUGGAGGAGCUUUAACUCUGCUUUUUACGUUAUCAACAGGUUUCCACUGUUCCUGUUUCUGUGAUAAUAAGGUUGGUAUCAAAAAUGUUCUACAUCGCUGUGAUCGUGCUAUGAUUUACAUAUUCAUAGCUGCGUCAUAUUUUCCUUGGCUGCAGUUAGAGAAUCCCAACCAUUCCGCGCUUCUCAUAUGCUUGGAAUGGGUUAUUUGGUUAAUGGCAGCAAUUGGUAUCACAUAUCAACAGAUCUUUCACGAACGAUUUAAAUGUUUGGAAACAUGUUUUUACAUACUCAUGGGAUUAGGCCCGGCUUUAGCAGUGUUCGGGACGGGUCAUGAAUUUCCUGGUAUGACAGAACUUAAAUUGGGUGGAUUUUUCUAUAUUGUGGGGAUAUGUUUCUUUAAAUCGGACGGUCUGAUACCAAUGGCUCAUGCCAUAUGGCAUUUGUUUGUGGUAAUAGCUGCCGGUUUUCAUUAUUAUGCUAUUCUAGGUCAUUUAUAUCCCUUAGAAGAUAGUAAUUCCAAUGUUUAGCACCUUGAUCUUGAUGAAUUUUUACAUAAGACAUUUAGAUUUUAUUUCUUCCAACAAUCAUAUAUUUCUUAUGAUUAUACAUCGGAAUUCGUCCAAAUUAUUUAGUAAUUUAGCCCAAUGCUUACUUACCAGGUUGACCAGGAGACAAAUUCUAAAAUGUUUUUUUUUUUUUUCA